GUAACUUGAUUCAUUCGUCUUCAAGUUGCAGACGGUCUAAGAAGUUCCGCGGAAACAUCAACAGACACCGGCAAGAUUCACGUGGUCGGUUUUGGUAGAAAAACAGCAUCGGAAGAACUUAUUCUGAUAUUUUUUUUCAUAAAUUUAAUAUCUUCGGAAAGGAGCAAUAUGUCUCAAAAUUUAAAGUUUGAAAGUAAAGUGUGCUUACUUAUUCUCGUUGUGUUGUUCAUGAUGACUCAAGUGCAGUGUGGAGAGGUCAACGAAAAAGAAGACAAUAGAAAUAAUGGAAGUUUAAUUGCGAAAAAGUUGACUGAAAAAGAUCACUACAGUCUGGAGGACCUUUCGAAAGCCUUAACGAGCAUGAUUUUCACUGGUCGUAAAAAAGGAGGCGGCGGUGGUGGUGGCAUGAGCAUGUUCUUCAUGCGCACUCUCAUGGAUAUGUUCAACGCAACAGUCCCGAUGAUGGCCAUGACCGUUUUGGGUUGGAUGAAGGACAUCAUGCUGAUGGGUGCCGGUGCCUUUAUGAUGAUGAUGUACGACAUGCUGAACAAAAAAGGGGAUGAGAAGAAAAUAAUCAUCAAGUUGGCGCAAGCUCCACCUGAACCGGCACCACCUGCGCAGACUGGCUAUGGACCAUGGGAAGGAUAAUGAUUCAAUUGCAAAGACGUUAAGACUCAUUUUUUUCACCUUCAGUUCACUCGAUUUGAACUUAGCUGUCAGCCCAAACUCUUGGGUAUCUACAAUAAUUCUGGCAGCAAACUGCUGACAGCUAUGUUCACGUUGUCAGUUAAAUCUAGUUAACUGGAGGUGAAAAUAAUGGAUCAAAGAGAAUUAAUUAAUUGUACCUGAAAUAAUAAUCGGUGAAACGCACUACACAUACAUCCCGUAUCUUAUUUGAUGCUGAAUUAUUCUAAGAUGAUACUUUAGUUAGACUAUUCCGCUUAAGCCACAUUGCAUAAUUUUCCCUAGCUAGCACUAGCAUUUUUCUAUGAAAAAACAUACGGUGAAUUAAUUCCUCAAUAUACAAUACAAUAUAAUAAUAAUAAUUAUAAAACAUAUAAUACACAAAGGAAAAUGAAUUAUUGAACAGCUGUCCUAUACUUUGAACUAGGUAUCUAUAGGUAGUAUCGGGUUCCAAAGUUACAACAGUAGGGAAAUUAGAUUCGGGAAAUGGAUUUACUCAAAUGGAUUAGAUGUAAAAACGAUAUCACUGAUUUCUAUUGCAGGAGCGUCGAAUUGCCUUUUACAAAAAAGCCAAUCCUUGCAAUUUUUUGGUUAAUAGACUGAAUUUACAUUAAGAUGAUAUUCUUCUCAUUCGAUGAAUCCUUACAAUGAAAAUUUACUUUAAGGUCAUAGCCAUUAAAAUCUUAUAUUGCGUUUGUUAAUAUGUAUGAAAUUGCCUCAAUAAUCUGCUCAAAUUGUGGAGCAAUUAUUUUAUUCCAUAGAAUCACAGAUAUCAUUGGGUUGGUUUAUGGAAUUAUAUGCGAAUGAGAUUUAUUUAUUUAUAAAUGACACCAAAUAAUCUGUUAUUUUAUACACUCUUUCCAAUAUUUGGAAAUGGCAUUAUGUAUAUUUUAUAUUUGUCUUCAUUUACUAAUAUUGUAGGUAGUUAAGUACCUAUAAGUAGUAGAAGUAGUAACACUACUUUUUUUUGGCUGAUGUACCUACAUUAUAUGCAGUCGAAUAUUGUAUUUUAUUUUAUAUGUACCUAUAUUUAUUUCAGAAUUAUAACAUUAUUUAUUUGAAAAUAAUUAUCUUUAUUAUA